AUGAAUUAGAGCAAGCAGUUCAUUAGCAACAUGCAAAAUGAUAAGGAAUCAUCAGAAAUGACAUUUUCACAUGUUACUGGAGACUUACAAUCUUAAGUCACUUGCUCACUAGAUGAUACUUUCAACAAUAGUAGCGCUAAGAAAUUAAUGGAAUAAAAUAACAUGCCUGGAGCGAAAGCAAUUAAUUUUUACGAAGAAUCUUAAAUUGCUAAGAUAUAUGGAAUGACCGAGGAUUACACUCCUCCUAAUAGAACUAAAUCUGCAUAUUAAAUCUUUACAGAGCAUAAAAGAGAAGAAAUAUUAGAAGAUAAUCCGAAUAUAUCUUUAAAUGAUCUGACAAGAGAAAUAGCUAAAAGCUGGGCGAAGUUGGAUAAUGACUAAAAGGCUAGGUUUGUCGAGGAAUCAGCCAAAGAUAAAGAAAGGUAUCUAAAUGAAAUCAGGAAUCUUCCUGUACCUCUAUACAGAAACAAAAGACCUAGAAGGAGAAGGGAUAGUAGAAAACCUAAGAAAGUACUAACUCCAUAUAUGUUCUUUGUAAAAGAGAAUCGCCCUAAAAUAAUGAGGGAAAACGCAUCAAUGUCAUUUUUAGAAGUUAUGAGAGAGGUUGGUGAAAGAUGGAAUAAACUAAGUGAGAUAGAAAAAGAGCCUUUCAAGGAGAGAUCGAUGGAGGAUAAGAGAAGAUAUCUUGAGGAAUAAGAAGUUUUUAUUAGACAGAGAUUUGCUUUUCCAUCAAAUACUUUUGAUCAAAGAUUGGCAUAAACCACAACUCAGUAGCCAAAGAGGCCUAUAACUGGGUUUCAAAUGUAUUUAAGAGAGUUAAGAGAGAAAUUGAAGAAAGAUAAUCCUAAAUUAGUUAUGUCAGAGUUUAUGAAGUAAGCAUCAAUGAAUUGGACUCGAAUGAGCUAGGCAGAGAAAAAGAGGUAUGAUCACUUGGUUGAAAAGGAUAGGCUCAGAUUUGAUGAAUAGUUCCUUGAUUAUAAGAAGAAUCUCUAACUUGAUUUGCAAGAAUCUCAAGCGGUUUCUACUUACUCUGAGAGUUUCUCUGAACUUGAUCAAGGUUAUGUGCUUAAUAAGGACUAACUUAGCUAAUAAUCAAGUAAAACAGAAAAAUCAUUGAAUAGAAUUGCUAAGUUUGAUUAAAUAAAAAAUUAAUCAGUGCAAAAACUCAAUCCUGAAUAAGUUACUUUUACAGCGAAAGUUAAUAGUCUCUCUUUAAGAAAUAAGGAAAUUUAAAAGUUAGGAAAGGAUGAUGAUUCAGAUAUUGAAAUUGAUGAGUUAUGA